CUUUACUUCCGAUUCGCGCCAAAAGCCGGUAACGACGACACCAUAAACUAAUCCAACUACUUUACAGGACAAGUAGUUUAAUAAUUAUUUUUAUCUCUUAAUCGUAAACUAAUUGUGAUCUUAAAAUGGUUGGAAAAGGAAAGAUGUAUGUGAUAAAACGCGAUGGACGUAAAGAAGAUGUUCAUUUUGACAAAAUAACAUCCAGGAUUCAAAAGUUAUGUUACAAUUUAGAUAUGGAUUAUGUGGAUCCUUCUGCAAUUACUUUCCGUGUUAUCAGUGGUUUAUAUUCAGGUGUAACCACUGUUGAAUUAGACAAUCUUGCAGCUGAAACAGCCGCAACUAUGACUACUAAACAUCCAGAUUAUGCAAUAUUAGCUGCAAGAAUUGCAAUAUCUAAUCUUCAUAAAGAAACAAAGAAAAGUUUUAGUGAAGUAAUACAUAGCUUAUAUAAUGUAAAGGAACAUUAUACAAAUGAAGUUAGACCUGUUAUUAAUGAGAAAUAUUACAAUAUCAUACAAAAUAAUGCAAAUAAGUUAAAUUCUGCAAUAAUUUAUGAUAGAGACUUUAGUUAUAAUUACUUUGGUUUUAAGACACUUGAAAGAAGUUAUUUAUUAAAAAUACAAGGGAAAGUUGUUGAAAGACCACAACACAUGUUAAUGAGAGUUGCAGUUGCCAUCCAUGGUGAAGAUAUUGAUAAAGCUAUAGAAACUUACAAUUUUUUAUCAGAACGUUAUUUUACACAUGCAUCUCCAUCACUUUUCUUUGCCUGUACUAAGCAUCAGCAAAUGUCUAGUUGUUUCUUACUAACAAUGAGUGAUGAUAGCAUAGAUGGAAUUUAUGAUACAUUAAAAAGAUGUGCACUUAUUAGCAAAUCAGCUGGUGGUAUUGGACUUAAUGUACAUUGUAUUCGAGCAAGGGGCACGCCAAUAGCUGGUACACUUGGUGUAUCUAAUGGUUUAAUUCCAAUGCUCAGAGUAUACAAUAAUACAGCUCGAUAUGUUGAUCAAGGAGGAAAUAAAAGACCAGGAGCAUUUGCUAUAUAUUUAGAACCGUGGCAUGCAGAUAUCUUUGAAUUUUUAGAUCUUAAAAAGAAUAUUGGUAAAGAAGAAAAUAGAGCAAGAGAAUUAUUCUAUGCUUUAUGGAUACCUGAUCUUUUUAUGAAACGAGUUUUGGAUAAUGGUGUAUGGUCUUUAAUGUGUCCACAUGAAUCUCCUGGUCUACCUGAUGUUUGGGGCGAUGAAUUUGAAGCUCUCUAUACGCGAUAUGAGAAUGAGAAAAGAUAUAAACGUCAGAUUCAAGCGAGAGAUUUAUGGACAGCUAUUCUUAUUUCUCAAGUUGAAACAGGAACUCCUUACAUGCUUUAUAAAGAUCAUUGUAAUCGUAAAUCAAAUCAUCAAAAUUUAGGGACAAUCAAAAGCAGUAAUUUGUGUACAGAAAUCGUACAAUAUUCCAGUCCAGAUGAAAUCGCUGUAUGCAAUUUAGCUUCAAUCGCAGUGAAUAUGUUUGUAAACUCCAGUAAUCAGACAUUUGAUUUUGAAAAACUGCGAAAAGUAACAAAAAUUGUUACUUGUAAUUUAGACAAAAUUAUCGAUGUUAAUUAUUAUCCGGUUCCUGAAGCAAAAACAUCAAAUUUUAAACAUAGGCCUAUAGGGAUUGGAAUUCAGGGUCUUGCAGAUGCAUUCCUUUUAAUGCGAUAUCCGUUUGAAAGUGAAGAAGCACAAAAACUUAAUAUCCAAAUAUUUGAGACACUAUAUUAUAGUGCAUUAGAGGCUAGCUGUGAACUUGCUGCAGAGAAAGGUACAUAUGAAACCUAUCAAGGUAGUCCAGUUAGCAAAGGAAUUUUACAAUAUGAUAUGUGGAAUGUUACUCCAACUGAUUUAUGGAACUGGACAAUUCUGAAAGAAAAAAUUGCUAAACAUGGAGUUAGAAAUUCUUUAUUAAUCGCCCCUAUGCCAACGGCAUCUACUGCACAAAUCUUAGGAAAUAAUGAAUCUAUAGAACCAUAUACCAGUAAUAUUUAUGCAAGAAGAGUUUUGUCUGGAGAGUUUCAAGUCGUAAAUCCUCAUUUAUUACGAGAUCUGACUGAAAGAGAUCUUUGGGAUGAGAAUAUGAAAAAUGAAAUUAUAGCAAAUAAUGGUUCUGUACAGAAUAUUGAACGUAUACCAAAUGAUUUAAAAAUGCUUUAUAAAACCGUUUGGGAAAUACCACAGAAGGUAAUCUUAAAAAUGGCAGCAGAUCGUGGUGCAUUUAUAGAUCAGUCACAGUCAAUGAAUGUUCAUAUGGCUAAACCAACAACAGAAAAACUGACUUCAAUGCAUUUUUAUGGCUGGAAGAUGGGUUUAAAGACUGGUAUGUAUUAUUUAAGAACGAAACCAGCAGUAAAUGCCCUUCAAUUCACGGUUGAUAAAUCAAAAUUACGAAAUACAAUCAGUACUACUUCUAAUCAAUCUGUUAAUUCUGAAUGUAAUAAUGAUGAGGAACUUAAUUCUUCGGAAAAUAAAUGGUUACAAAAUCAGAGUAGCGAAAACAUAGAAGCUGUAUUCGCAUGCUCUCGUGAAAAUGGAGAUGCGUGCAUGGCCUGUGGAUCAUAGAAAUAAAUUUUUAUAAUUUUAUAAGUUUUGUAUACGGUUAUGAGUAUUAUAUAUAUUUAAGCAUAUUCUUUGUAAUACUAUAUAAUUUUGAAAAAUUCUAAAAUAAAGUUAUUUACCCUUGA